UCUCGUCUCAACCAUAACGUUGUUAUUCGUCGAGGCGAGCUGAGAACCUUCAUUUUAAUCGUGAAACGCAUUUUUGUGUUUUAACUUUUUUUCAAAAUGGCGAGCAACAAUACCGGUGUUUUAUACCUGUUCGAUCGACCCGCGGAGCCGGUAUACGUUCCAAAGGGCGAUAACAAGGUUGCUUUUGAUAUACCGGCUAACUAUCUGCCCGAUAGGUAUCGGUCAGUAGCCACUGAGGUAUUGAACAGAUUCGGCGAAGAUACACAAUCGAAAAUUCCUGUGAAGGAGAUCAGUCUUCCGGAUCUCAGCAUCCCUUUGCAACUUGGUAGACGAGAUCCAUUCUCCCUUUUCAUACCGGCGCAUCGUAAAGUAGCGGCAAGGCUUAUCGAUAUCUUCAUGGGGAUGAGAACGUACGAGGACUUUUUAUCCGUUGCUGUAUACUGUCGGGAUCGUCUGAAUCCAAAUAUGUUCAUAUACGCCUUGUCGGUCGCCAUAUUGCAUCGACCUGACACAAAGAAUUUGCCAGUUCCGCCACUCAGUGAAGUAUUUCCGGAUAAGUACGUGGACAGUGGAAUUUUCGCGAGGGCUAAAGAGGAGGCUAACGUCGUUCCCGAAGGAGCACGUCAACCCAUAGAGAUUCCAAGGGACUACACAGCAUCCGAUCUAGACGAGGAGCACAGAGUGGCUUACUGGAGGGAGGAUAUUGGUAUUAAUCUCCAUCAUUGGCAUUGGCAUUUGGUUUAUCCAUUCGAAGCUGACGUCAGCAUUGUCAAUAAGGACAGAAGAGGGGAAUUGUUCUAUUACAUGCAUCAGCAAAUAAUAGCCAGAUACAAUUGCGAACGUUUGGCCAAUCACUUGAGCCGUGUCAAGCGUUUCAUCAAUUGGCGCGAAUCGAUUCCCGAGGGAUAUUUUCCAAAACUCGAUUCCCUCGUAGCCAGCAGGACUUGGCCGGCGAGACCGAGUGGCUCAUACCUUCACGACAUAAACAGACCCGUGGAUACAUUGAGAUUUGAUAUUCAAGACCUCGAGAGAUGGCGCGAUCGAAUUUACGAAGCUAUACAUACCGGAUACGUCAUGAACAAUAGAGGUGAACGAGUUCAGCUUACUGAAAAGGACGGAAUCGAUAUUCUUGGGAACAUCAUGGAGGCCAGUAUACUCACACCAAGCUCCAACCUUUACGGCGAUCUUCAUAACCUGGGUCACGUAGCCAUAUCGUACUGCCACGAUCCGGAUCAUCGAUAUUUGGAAUCAUUCAGCAUCAUGGGCGAUUCUGCUACGGCAAUGCGCGAUCCGAUAUUCUACAGAUGGCAUGCCUUCGUCGAUGACGUCUUCCAGGAGCAUAAGAACACUCUUCCUGCGUAUACUGUUGAGCAACUAAAUUUCCCUGGAGUCGCGAUAACUGGCGUUCAGUUGGUCACGCCAAAUCAGCCGGCUAACACAUUGAACACCUACUGGAGUCAGAGUGACGUUGAUCUGUCACGAGGACUGGACUUCACUCCACGUGGUGCGGUGCUGGCGAGAUUUACUCAUCUGAAUCAUUCAGGCUUCAGUUACAGGAUCAGCGUGAACAAUAGCAAUUCUAGCGCGCUAAUGGGAACAAUGAGGAUAUUUAUAGCGCCUAAGCAGGACGAGCGUGGACUUCCGUUCACGUUCCGAGAUCAGAGACUCCUUAUGAUAGAAAUGGAUAAGUUCACAGUGACUUUGAAUCCUGGAAGUAAUAACGUUGAUAGAAAAUCCACGGACUCCUCCGUGACUAUUCCCUUCGAGAGGACUUUUCGUAAUCUCGAGGACAGCCGACCAGUCGGUGGGGAUGCACUGGAGCAAUUUAAUUUGUGUGGAUGCGGAUGGCCGCAGCAUAUGCUGGCUCCAAAAGGAAGCAAGGAAGGAUUCCCUAUGGAUCUUUUUGUUAUGAUCUCGGAUUAUCGUGGUGACGUGGUUCAGCAAAAUGAGCCGGUGGGAUGCACGGAUGCUGCAAGCUUCUGCGGUUUGAGGGAUCGCAAGUAUCCCGAUAUCAGAUCAAUGGGAUUCCCAUUCGACCGAAGACCACGAGGCAAUGUCGAUACUCUGGCGCAAUUCCUUACAGGAAAUAUGGCCGUCACGGAUAUUAGUGUUCGAUUCACGGAUUCCAUCGUACCCAAAAGUCGUUCCGGUGGUUUUAGUAACUCCUUGAUUCUGUCUUAAAGAUUUUACAAAGUUACGUGAUCUCAGGUGUAAUUCGUUGAGAUCUAUAGAAUUAAUUAUACGAUAUAUAGUCAUUAAGGUAUUUGGCCGAUUUAUCUACAACCGUGCUUGUCCAAUGGAUAUUGAUUAUUGAUUUAACGUACUUUAUUUAUGCGUUAUUGAAAAAGAUGUGUAAUUCUAGAUAAAUUUAAUUAAAUAUAAAAUACAUAAGUAACGAGCA